AUGAUAAACGAGAGUUUGGAAUCUGAUCAAGAAAUAGACCCAGAAAGGGAAAGAUAAAAGCUUAUGUUAAAAAGACAAAAAUCAAUCGAGGAGAGUCUCUAAUUAAAUGUCAAAGAUCACAUUGUAAAAUUAGAAGUAUUGAUUAAAAAUAUUUGAAGAAUUAUUUAGCUGAACUUAAAAAAGACUUAGAAAUUAGUAAAAAGGAAAUGUCUAACUUAAGAAUGGAAAUAGCAACAGUAAAAAAUAAUCAUGGCAAAUCAAGCGACGAUCUAUGUACUUUUAUAUAAAAUGAUGUAUAACUGAUAGUAAUAAAUUAAGGCAAAAAGAUUAUUAAAUGAAGCUUUAAAGAAAUCUUAAGAUGUUAAACAUGAUGGUGAAUUUUUGGAUGCACAAUUAAAUGUUUUAAAAAGUGAUAAAGAAAAAUUGCAAGAUGUAACAGGAACAUUAGAAAAGAGAAUAAUAUCUUGUGAAACAGAUGUUGGUUUUAAACACGUGUAUGAUUGA